UUAAUUUCAGAUUGAUUAUUAGUCUGAAGCUGAAGAAUGGCUGCCGGUCUCAGUAUACUGUUAUACUGUAGACUUGUACAGUAGCUGUAGUCUAAACUAAACCUUAUUAGGCCUAUAACCCUAGCGCAAAAUAUGUAUUAAACAAUGUAUUGUUCACUUAAACCACAGAAAUUCAAUCAUCGUAUGAAGUUGUUAAUUUAGCUUGUAAGCAAUUAAUUGGCUGGAGAUGUCUGGUGCAGGGUCUAGUGGUGCAGGUAGAGGCAGAGGAUCAACUUCCGUCCCUGAGGCCAAGAGUGAGAGUAAAGAAGUCAAGCCAAAUCCUAAAAUGUCAAAGGCUUUAAGUACUUCUGCAAAAAGGAUACAGAAAGAGCUGGCUGAGAUCACGUUAGAUCCUCCACCCAAUUGCAGCGCUGGUCCCAAGGGUGAUAACUUGUACGAGUGGGUGUCAACCAUUCUCGGACCUCCAGGAUCUGUAUAUGAAGGAGGGGUGUUCUUCCUAGAUAUACACUUUUCACCAGAAUAUCCCUUUAAACCGCCCAAGGUUACUUUCCGCACAAGGAUAUACCACUGUAACAUCAACAGCCAGGGAGUGAUCUGCCUAGACAUCUUGAAGGACAACUGGUCGCCAGCUCUGACCAUAUCCAAGGUUCUGCUCUCAAUCUGCUCUCUCCUCACUGACUGCAACCCAGCCGACCCUCUGGUGGGAAGCAUAGCCACACAAUACAUGCAGAACAGAGAGGAACAUGAUCGUAUAGCCCGUCUGUGGACCAAGCGUUACGCCACGUGAUUCGCUUCACACGCCUAGUGGACUGAUCGAGGAAAUCUUUUCAAUUUUAUAUGUAAAAUGUCGGUACUAUAUAAUAUUUUAUUUCUGU